CCGUCAAGUAAACGAGGUCAUUGAAUAACCGGUCUGGGAUACAUCAAAAUCUACUUCAGUUGCGACCAACGGGCCACCUUGCACCGCCACCAAACCGGACUUUGCCGUGUCUCCCGAGAGUAGCUCGUCUCUUCGCCUCUCAAUAGAUUUCGACAAUGUCUCUGCUCCGUUUUUAUAAGCAGGCAAUAUUCAGACGGCCAUUGCCUGCGUGUACAACUUAUACGCGCCGUUUCUUUGCAGAGACUCACAAUCAGCCAGCUCGCACUGGCGAUGCCUCCCAGAAAGAGACCACCCAAAUUGCGGAGGUUGCUCAUACAGAUGUAUUGACGGCUGAAGUUAUAAGUGGUGCUCCAGCGGAGCUCCGUCAUCGCAUGGUACGGAUCUAUCAACCAGCCCGUAACACCAUGCAAAGCGGAGCAGGAAAGUCAGAGCGGUGGCGCAUUGACUGGGAUGUUCUGCUGGGAGCAGGUCGGUGGGAGAAUCCGCUGAUGGGUUGGGCCAGUUCCGCGGAUUAUAUGCAGGGUACCAGGGUGUCAUUCAGAAGCAAGGAAGAUGCCAUGCACUUUGCAGAGAAACAAGGUUGGAAUUACUAUGUACAACCACCUCCCACCAAGAAAAUCCCUCCGAAGAACUAUUCAGAGAACUUUGUCUAUAGGCCGAAUAAACUACGGAUAAUGCGCACGAAGUAGAUCAUUUGUCCAUAGAACCAACUACUGCAUCUAGUUCACACGUUGUGUAAUUGGUUGGAACUUGAGCUUGAACUUGCACCCUCA